GUGGUGGGGAAGCUCCUGGUAACAAAGCUCCAACAGGCUUCAAUAUUCCUCUUCUCUCCUCCUCAUCUUCCUCCUUCUUCUUGUUUGCUUUCUACUAUCCUGCCUUUUAUUCAAACCCCUCCCCUGUACGCCUGGUUCUCCGUGUGGCUCGUUACACGUGCUCUAGUCAAGGGCCGUGGACUCCGCGAUGACCUCCGAACCGGCUGAGGAAGCUAUCACCAGCUUCAUUAGUUUCACAAAUACUUCGCGUGAACAGGCCAUCAGCUUCCUAAAAGUCCCUCUACCCUAAUCGCUACCGAUUCCCGAUCGAUCUAACGCAUUCUCUCAUGCAGGCUAACGACCUCGACUCGAAUAAAGCCAUCAAUGCUUACUUCGAAGACCCCACCGGCCCCCAGCUUCCCUCAACAGCAUACCAAAUCGAACAUACUGACGCAGUUCCGGUAUCUCCAACCCUUGUCCCUCUUUCGCGACCGCCAUCUGCCUUGAACCUCAAAGACUCGACGCAUCCGACCGAAUUAUCACCUGCGCAAGCGCCAACACAGAACUCGACGGCAGCGAGUCCCGGCAAUGGCUUGUCUUUGGCGGAGCAGGAGGAGCGUCAGCUUCAGCAAGCGGUGGCAAUGUCCUUGAAUCAGAAUCUGGGACAGCAAGAGACCGGGAUCACAAAUCCAAGCCAAACGUUCGGCCGUGCGACCCGAGAUUCCUACGAUGAGGGCGCCUGGGCGAUGACUCUCUUCAACUCCAGCGCUCGCGAGAUCAUCAUUAGCCCCGACCCAACAGACCGCAAGAGACAAGAAAACGAGCCAGCCUUUAUCCGUCCGUCUGAGGACUGUCUGCACUUGGGCGGACUGCUCACAAUUCUUCAUUCAAUCCCGCUUGCGCGGGAAGCCCUUUUAUAUCGGAGCGAGGUCUUAUCGAAUUACGGCCAUGACCCACAAUGGUGGAACGGACAACCUAUUAAUCUUCCCAAAAUAGUGACCAUUCAUGAUGCACCGGAGGGUGACACCGAUUGGGACGACAUCAUCCACGAAACCCAGAGACUAGUCGCUUUCCUAGAUUCUACCACCCGAUCUUUCGGUAGUGCGGAUGCUUUGGCUAGUUUGAAAUGUUUAUCCAAGUACGACUCUGAUGAUGGUGUCAGCCGGUUUUUAGAGUUAUGGCAGGAAUCCGCAGUCCGAGCUGCGCCAGGAAACCAGCUAGCCACUGUGUUCUCCUCAAUGGCAUAUAAACGACUACUGUCAACGUACGACACCCCAAUUGAGAGGCAGUUCUUUACCCUGGAACCGUUUGUGAUGCAAAGUCAUGGCCAGACACUUUACGAUGCCUUGGACAUUACCAUGUGGGCCGACAGUCCUGGGGAGGAACUUGAUGACGUGUGGCUAGAACAUGUCGCGGACGUUUUCACCAUCAAACUGAGCGGCUCAGAUACGACAAAGCCGGUUGAUGUCAAGAUCCCCGCCGUCUUCUACCCGGAUCGAUACCUCGCCAGUUGUCGAGACAUCACCCGGGAUUACCGCGCGCAAAGGCUUCGCGUCGACGAAGAGAUUCUAAAGCUUCAGACCCUUCUGGACCGGUUUUCUGCGAACAAAUCCGCCGCAGGACUCACGUCAAAGGAUCUGCUGGAGAAAGCCGCCGCUGCCGCCUCAACGAUAAUACAGCCCCAGGCUGAAUCCAAUGGGGUAUCAACCGCGGAGGAGUCAAAUUCCAAAGCACCGCAACUGGCACUUGAAUUGAAGGCGCUUUGCCAGAAGAUAGAAGACAAACUCAAACAACUGGAAGAGAGGAAGCAAAGCGCCCUAGAAACUCUCAGAGGCUAUUCAAAAUUUCUCACAGAACCAUCAGCUUCACCAAGUGAACCCCCUCUUCGCAAAUAUACCCUCCGAGGCGUGUGUACGGAGCCCCAUGUAACCUAUGUACUAAAACGAACGGAACCCCAUGGGGAUGGCGCAGAUUCCACACCUAAGCUUGACGAGGCGUAUGAGUGGUGGCGAAUCAGUUUCUCUCUCGAUGAUGCAAAGACCCGACAAGCCGAGAAAGGCCAGAGCACCACCGCGUCAAAGAACGCCGGGGUUAUAGGGUACACGGCACGGAAAGUACGCGAGAUUGAAGUCCUUCAGGCCGCGCGGGAAGAGUCGAAAACCACUCUUCUUGUCUAUGCCAGUAGUAAUGCAAUGGCGGUCAAAGAGGAGCCAGCCCCGAUGCCACUUCAGGAAUUUGUCAAUGCGGAUAACAAGACGUUCGAGACGGAAUUGCAGGCAUCCGAAGCGACUGAAAAUCCGAUGGAAGAUCCUGGUCCGGGAACGUGGGAGCAAACCGUGGGCACAAGGCCCACGUAUCCGUCGCCGUCGGUCAACGACGACGACUCUGCGGCUCGAAAAGUCAAUGUUUUCGACUACCAGGUUUCCUCUUUUGAGGAUGAAUCUGGGCCCAGGCAGGAAAUGCAGGAGCGAGGAGGACGACGGCCUUUACUCAGUCGAAGCCCAACCGCGACUGCGCAGGAUUCUAGCCCGGCUUGGAGUCAGUAAUCUAGCAGCAGGUCCCGAUUCACCUGGAAUUGGACAAACAUACAAAUUACGAUUUGAUUUCUUUGUACAUAAAGAAACGAGACGAGUUGUUCAUAUAGAGUUAUAAUCCCCAAAAGCGGUUUAGCCGAUUCCCCA